UUAAAAAGCUCUUGUUAUAGGCUACCUAUUCAAAGUAAAAUAAAACUUUUUGGUUGAGACUUAGACUGCAGGUUGCCAAGAGAUUCAGCUCAAACUUUGAGGAUCUACCAGACGGCCACUAUGAUCUCCGCAACUAUCGUGUCCCACUCUCAAAUGAAGACAAGCAAUAUGUUUUGGAAACCAUCAAUACUGCCAAUGAGGAGCAACUUCUGCUCUAUAAAAUAUCAAAAUCAGCUACUUUGAAGCUGUUGGCUGCUAGAAAGAAAAGAGAAAAAUUUACUGAUCUGAAAGAUCUUAUCCUUGUUGAUGGAAUUGGGUUGAAAAAAAUUGAAUUCAUCUGCCAGUGCAUAUUGGGGGGUAAAGAAGCAUCUUCAAUCCAACCAAAGUUAACUACAAGGAUGACCAAACGGAUGAUCCAGCCUAGAAUUUCUGACCAUCAGGAAAUCACAAAUGUUGUAGGAAUAGCAAUAAAAAAUCAUCACGUGGCAUGGUGCCAGCUGGAGAAGGUCAAACAUGAGCAAGAUCACUACAAUCAAAAUACUUGUACCAAUAUUUUAACAAAAAUUACCUCUCACCCUGAAGAUCAAGGACAUACUGCAAACAGUGCUGGAAUUACACAUCCAAAUCUUUGGAGUGUUGGGACAAUUGAUUGCAAGAAAAUAUUUGAGUCCAGGAUUGAUGUAGUAGAUCUUUUAGCAGAGGUACAGUCAAUUAUGGACCAAAUUCCCGCCAGCAAUGUGUACAUUUUAUCAGAAAGACCUAGUGCCCAGCAGAGUGGACCAGCUAGUGAACGGCAAUCAACUGCUUAUGCCACUGCUCAUGUUACUGGCCUCCUAACUGUACUUCUAAACAGAAAAUCCUUGACAGGGACGAGUGUGUCCAAUAGCCUCCAAAACUCCCUAUAUGGAAAAUAUGCAAGCUCUUCAAGGACCAGUGGAGUUUAUUUUGUCAAGGAAUCUCGAAUCACAAGAUCAAUCCAUUUACAGAAAGGGCAUGACCGCUGGUAUGGCUUGCGUGUGCUGCUCGCUCUUCUGCAGACCGGAGGUCCCCCUGGGUACCUGUGGGGCGAGGGUGGGUGUGGCAUCUCUGUGCCGCCCCACGUGUCGCAGCGAUUUAGGUUAUUGAACAGCUAUGAUCAGCACAGCCAGGCUGCCGCGCUCUGUAUGGCCCUGGCUUUUCCUGCCAUUUACGAUGAAUAACACGAUAUC